CAAUCCGAAUUAAAGAGGUCUCAAAUACAGCAUUUCUUAGAAAGGAUAAAGAUUCAAGAUAACAAAUUGCAAAACUGGAUGAAGAUGUGCUACUUUUGCACAAAUCCGUUGAUACUAAUACAGUGUCCUAAAGAAGCUCUGACAGAGCCAGAAACGAAAUCUGCUUAUCAGACAUACUCAAAAAUAAACAGUAGAUCGUUGAGACACAAACAGAUCUAGAAGUGAUUCCGGUUAAGGAUAACAAACAAGAGCUGGUUAACAUUAAGUGUGAUGUUUGCUUGAGAGCGCAGGAGGUUUUGAAAGAGAAGAACACGUAUUGAUCAUGCUGAAGAGUAAGAUGAAUGAGAAUGAGAUGGCGAUUAAUCUAUUCAGGAAGCAAAUCGGAGACAAGCAAAGUCAAAUUAGUUUUUAUGAGAGACACAUCGUGGAAUUGCAAAACAAGAAGGAUGAAAUAAUGAAUUCUAGUGGUGGUGCCGGAGGUGACAAUAUUUCUGUUGGCACCGAAACUCAAUUACAGAAUGAACUUAUAGCGCUGAAGGGUUCUAUAAAGGAUCUUCAAGACAGACUAAGUUCAAAAGAUGAAGAAAUUAUAAAGUAUCAAACGCUAUUGAAAGUCGACAGAGACAAGCAUAGUUUAGCAGCUGCAAGUUUGCAAGAAGAGCUAAAAGCUGAAAGCCUGCCUUCUGGAGGAAAAGCAUAAGAAUGAAAGUCAGAAAGAGACAUUUGCAAAACAGCAACCCAAUAGAGCUGCUUUGGAACAGUAUAUUUCACAGGUGCAUGCACUGGAAAAGCACACCUCAGAGUUGCAUACCAAGAUAUCAAGCUUGGAAGCCCAACUUCAAUCCAGCAGAGAAGAGAACGUGAGGUGGAUGUCUUUGGCCAAUGACAGACUCAAAGCCAUGGAGGAACUGCGAAACAGGU